CUGUUUUUACUCUGUUUUGAAACUUGAAUUUCUUCACCCUCUUCCAAAUUUUAUUUUUUUUGCAUUUUAUAAAAUAUAAUGUUAAUGUUUUUCUAGGAAAAAUAAAAACUUGGUUAGUUGUCUCUUAUAAUAAAUAUUCAUAUAUUUUUUUUGCAUUUUAUAAAAUAUAAUGUUAAUGUUUUUCUAGGAAAAAUAAAAACUUGGUUAGUUGUCUCUUAUAAUAAAUGUUCAUAUAUGUAUAUCAGCAAUAGUUGGUUGGCUCAUUUACUUCUUAGCCAUCAUACUCAAACAUUCAUUUCUGGGUUUUUGUGUCAAACUUCUGAUCAAAAAAAAUUGUGUAGGAAUAUUUGAAGCAUUACCCAGAUUUUCUUUUUUUACAGAUUUGAGAGUUCUUGAGUUAAAGGUGACAUUGUUUCAUCUUUUCUUCAUUUUUUUUCCUCUGUUUUUUUAUCAAUAUUACAUGGAGAUUUGAGCCUUUUUUUUUUUAGUGCAAACCCAUAAAAAAAAAUCCAGAAAAUUAAAAUGAAGAAUUUCAAUUUCUGGGUUUGUUUAAGUUUCUGUUUUAGUGUUUUGAUUUUAGUUGGAAUAAUUCCAAGAUCAGAAGCACAGGUUAAUUCUGCAGAAUCAAGGAUUUUGUUUGAACUUCAAAAACAGCUUGAAUACCCAGAAGCUUUGCAAUCAUGGCAAAAAUGGACUGAUUUUUGCUAUCUUCCAUCUUCAUCUUCUGUUAUUGUGGUAUGUUUAAAUGGUCAUGUAACAGAAUUAACUGUCAUUGGUAAUAAAACUUCACCUUCUCACUCAUCAAACUCUUUAGUAAAAGGUAAAUUUGCUGUUUCUGAACAAACUUUGUCAGAAAAAUUUUCCCUUGAUUCUAUGUUUACUGUUCUUACAAAACUCACAAACUUGAAAAAACUGUCACUUAUUUCAUUGGGUAUUUGGGGAAAUCUACCCUCAAAAGUUACCAGAUUUCAAUCACUUGAAAUGUUUAAUAUUAGCUCAAAUUUCAUAUAUGGUGAAAUCCCAUCUGAAAUUUCCUCCUUAAAAAACUUAAAAAGUCUUGUUUUUGCUGAUAAUUUGAUGAAUGGAAAUGUUCCUGAUUUAAGUACCUUACAAGCUCUACAAGAACUAGACUUAAGCAACAACCAAUUGGGUCCAAAGUUUCCUUCAAUUGGAAGCAAUAUAGUGAGCAUUAUAUUGAGAAACAACUCUUUAAGGUCUCAAAUUCCUUCACACAUGAAGAACUUAAAUCAACUUCAAAGAUUUGAUGCAUCUUCAAACAACCUUGUUGGACCACUCCCACCUUUCCUUCUUUCUCUUCCUUCACUAUGGUACCUAAAUUUGGCUGAAAAUCAGCUUACUGGUGAGCUUCCUAAGAGCACAAGCUGUGCAAAGAGACUGUGGUUCGUCGAUAUAUCUCGAAACUUGCUUGUUGGAAAGCUUCCGAGCUGCAUUGGUUCGGAAUCGAAUAAGUAUAGGAAAGUGUUGAGUGUGUGGAACUGUCUUUCUGGUUCCAAGUUUCAGCACCCUGCUUCUUUUUGCCAAACACAAGCUCUUGCUGUGAUUCCACCCCCUAAGAAGACUAGGGAAAUUCAGCAGGAUUCUGGGAUGAAGUUUGGGCUAAUAUUUGGUAUCAUUGGUGGCACUAUUUUGUUUGCUGGUACUGUUGUUUCUUUAAUCUGGUUGAUUUGCAAGAGAAAUAGAUCAGGAGAUGCUGAAAUUUACAGCAAAUAUGAUAAAUCUGGUGGUGGGAAGUUGACGAAUCGCCCCUCGCCCAUUGUUGAUUCAAAGUAUGGGCCAAAGUCUAUGAGAAUGCCAACCCUUGGUCUUCCAUCCUACCAAACCUUUACCUUAGAAGAGCUACAAGAAGCAACAAACAACUUCGAUUCCGUGAACUUGGUUGGUGAAGGGUCUCAGGGACAGAUUUACAGAGGUUUGCUUCAAAGUGGCUCAGCAAUUUUAGUCAGAUGUAUGAAAGUGAAAGAAAAGCACUCAACCAAGACUUUAAAUCAGCAUUUGGAAGUGAUAUCACAGUUACGGCAUCAAAAUCUGGUCUGUGUUCUUGGACAUUGUGUUAUUACAUAUAAGGAACGUCAUCAAGGCAGCACCAUCUUUGUUGUGUUCGAGCAUGUAACUAAUGGUUCAUUAAGAGAACAUUUAACAGAUUGGAGAAGAAAAGAUAGGCUGAAAUGGCCUCAGAGAAUUACAAUCUCAAUGGGAAUUGCAAAAGGAGUUCAGUUUCUGCACACAGCUAUGUCACCAGGAGUUUUUGGAAAUGAAUUGAAGAUUGGGAAUAUUUUGUUGGAUGAGAGCCUCACACCAAAAGUGAGCAACUAUAAGAUUCCCUUGCCUUUCAAGGUGGAGACCUCAAAUGGUCAAAAUGCUACAACUUCUGCAAACCCAGACAAGGAUGACAUCUACAAUCUGGGUGUGAUCCUGCUUGAACUACUAACAGGUAGACAGAUCACAUCAGACAACCAAGUAGAUGAACUAAAGCGAGAGCUGGAAAGGAGUUUAACAGAAUCAACAUCAGCACUUCAGCAUACAAUAGACCUGGCAAUGAGGGGUACAUACGCGUACCAGUCAAUCAAAACUGCUGUCGAACUUACCCUUAACUGCCUGUACAACGAUCCUAGCAGACGGCCUCCUAUGGAGGACGUUGUAUGGCAUUUGCAGUACUCAAUUCAGGCACAACAGACAUGGGCUAGCAGUGGAAAUCUCGCCCUCAACAGCGGAAACCUUGGGUUGCAUAAGUGAAAUCUUACACCAUAGUCUGUAAAUGCAGUGGCUCGUGGUCGCCUUCAUCUUCAUAGAUCCCCUUGUAUUAUAGCAACUUUUGUCCAAAUCCCAAACCCCAAAAAAAGAAGCAAGAAAAACCUUGUUCAAAAAAGUUAAUACUCCUACACUUAUUAUUAAUCAUAAUAAAGAAGUUAAUAAUAAAUAAACCUUGUAUUCAUUCAGGAAUUGAUCAAAGAUAGAACAAUGUAGUCAAAUUCAAGAAAAACAAACUCAUAAUUACUCCACUGAAUGGAAUUGAAGCUACAUCUUUGGAUAUUA